AUGCUUCCAAUUCGCGGGCUCAGGUUACACCAUCCGACAUCACAGCAAAAGGAAUGGGUCAAUGUCGAUGAGAAUCCUUUCGUCGCAUACAUUCAGGGCUAUGGUGUCCAGGUCCCUGUACCUCAGUCACUUGAGGCUACUGACGAUGUUUUGUUGACCUGCGGGUGCAAAGAAAAGAAGACGACCUAUAUCACCACUGUUUACAAGUGGGGUACGAAGAAAAGCAGUUCGCCAUGCAAAAAGUGCCCCGAACAUUCGCUGCCACUUGUCAUGAUGCGUCGUCACCUUUUCCCUUCAACAUCAUCCGAUCCGCAGCACGCUAUCCGUACUGAGCAAACGCGAAGCUUCCAUAACAUGCACUUUAUUUGCCGUACCUCAAUCCACGCAAUCGCUGAAUUGGCUCGAGCAGAAUACCACUUCAAGCUUCCAAUACCUGCAUCCUUCAAGCAACGACUGACUGAAGCUCUCCCAUAG